AUGAGCGCUUCCACGAGAGUUGCGCGUCGGGCGCUGGUCGUCAACCCCUUCCUGGGCACUGGCCGUACGCUGCCCAGGUCUACUCUUCUUGCCACAACAGCUCUCCUGGCCCGCAAUGCCCAGGGGCUAGCGCUGAACGGCCCGGCAUCCGCCCUUCUCAUUCCAGUCCGCACCCUCACCACAGAGACCGUCACUCAUGCCGGUCCUCCCGCCGGUCCGCCGCCGGGCUUCAACCCAGAGGAGGCUAAGAAACCUCUUCCAAGGGAGCCCAUCACGGUGACGAAGCCCCUGCCGAAGCUGGAGCCGAAGCCGAUCAAGGUCGGUGAGCCGGCGGUGAAGGCUGUGGAGGCUGCCAAGCCCGCUGCGUCGGAAGCUCCGGCCGGCGAGAGCGUCCCGUCCCCCACCCAGCUCGCCACGGCGGCGAAGGAGGCUGCGGUCCCAGAGAAGACGGAGGCCAAGAAGGAGAAGGAGCAAAAGUUGACGAUUGGGCAGAAGAUAAAGAAAGAACUGCAGCACUACUGGGAUGGCACGAAGCUGCUGGCCGCCGAGGUCAAGAUUAGCUCGCGCCUGGCCCUCAAGAUGGCCGCCGGCUACGAGCUCACCCGUCGCGAGAGCCGCCAGCUUCGCCGUACGGUCCAGGACCUUGCCCGGCUGGUGCCUUUCUCAGUCUUCGUCAUCGUGCCCUUCGCCGAGCUGCUGCUGCCCGUCGCACUGAAGCUGUUCCCCAAUAUGCUGCCCAGCACGUACGAGGGCCAGAAGUCGAGGGAGAAAAAGGCGCAGAUGCUCCGUGCCACUCGCAAGGAGGUUAGCGACUUCCUUCGCCAGACCCUCAAGGAGACGGGCCUGCCCCUGACGCAGGCGACGACGCAGCGCGAAGAGUUUACCGAGUUCUUCCGCAAGCUGCGGUCCACUGGUGAGAAGCCGACGGCCGAAGACGUGAUCAAGGUGUGCAAGAUCUUCAAGGACGACCUGACCCUGGACAACCUGUCGCGGCCGCAGCUGGUGUCCAUGUGUCGCUACCUCAACCUCAAUACCUUCGGUACCGAUAUGAUGCUGCGCUACCAGAUCCGCCACCGCAUGCGUCAGAUCAAGCGUGACGACCGCGCCAUCAGUUACGAGGGCGUCGACAGCCUAUCGGUGUCCGAGCUCCAGACUGCCUGCGCGGCCCGUGGCAUCAAGAGCUACGGUGUGUCUCCAGCCAGGUUACGCGAGGACCUGCAGACGUGGCUGGACCUGCGUCUGCGCGAUGGUGUGCCGUCGACCCUGCUGGUUCUCAGCAAUGCCUACAUGUACGGCCAGACGCUGUCAGCUGAGGCCGAGGGUGGCCCGUCGGCGACGCAGAUUGAUGCCCUGCUUGGCGUGCUGUCGUCGAUCCCUGAAGAGCUGUUCCACGAGAUCGAGCUUGAGGUGCACAACGCCGAGGGUGCUGCCACCAAUAAGCAGCGUCUUGAGGUCAUCAAGGAGCAGCAGGAGCUGAUCAACGAAGAGCUGGAGCAGAACGAGGAGAACCAGAAGACCGGCUUCGCCACGCCACGCGAUACCGAGGAUAUCGAUGAAAAAGAAGAGCAGCAGCGUCAUGAGCUUGCUGAGGCGGCUGGUAUCGAGAAAGCGCAAGUCAGCGAGGCCAUCGCAGCCGAGAAAGAGACCGCUGAGGCCGAGAGGAUAGACGCGCAGCGCGAGGCUGCUGCGUCUGCCGAGGCGAAGGCCAGUGAGAAGUAA